UAGUUCGGUUGACCACCAAUAUACACAGUGAAUUGAUGUCCUGCUCAUGUAACACUUCCACUCAGCUAUAAUUAGUAUUACGUUGUUACACAUACUCAGCAACAAGAACUGAGACUGAUUUAUUCUCCUUUUGUUUAGCUUUAUUGUUAUAAUUGAAAUGUCAACGUCAAAUCGAGUUGAAGAUAAAACAGUGGAGAGCCUGUCAGAGGUGUUCAGAUGUUUCAUAUGUAUGGAAAAAUUGAGAGACGCUCGGCUAUGUCCGCAAUGCUCCAAGCUUUGUUGUUUCAUCUGUAUCAGGAGGUGGCUCUCAGAGCAACGUCAAUGCCCCCACUGCAGAGCUCCUCUACAGAUGCACCAGCUUGUUAAUUGUCGAUGGGCUGAAGAUGUCACAAAUCAAUUAGAUACUUUGCAGCUUUGCGUGCCCCAUACACGUCAGGCUGAACCAGACAGAGAUAAGUGCGAUCUUCACAAAGAAAAGAAAAGUGUAUAUUGCUGGACAUGCCGAGCUUGCAUCUGUCACCAAUGUGCCCUUUGGGGAGGAACACAUUCUGGGCACACAUUUAAACCUCUAGAGGAAGUCUACGAGCAGCACGUGUCCCAGAUCACUGAGGAGGUUGCUGCCCUCAGACGCCGCUUAAUGGAACUCAUCAGCCUAGUGCAAGAAGUUGAACGAAAUGUGGAAAGUGUUCGCAGUGCUAAAGAUGAACGGGUCCGUGAGAUUCGGAACGCUGUGGAAAUGAUGAUAGCUAGAUUAGAAACACAACUAAAAUCAAAAUUGAUAACAUUAAUGGGACAAAAGAACUCUUUGACUCAGGAAACAGAGCUACUGGAAUCUUUACUGCAAGAGGUGGAACACCAGCUGCGGCUCUGCACUAGGAGUGAGCUGAUCAGCAAGAGUGGAGAGCUCUUACAGAUGUUCACACAGGUACACAGGAAACCCAUGGCAUCUUUUGUGACUGCGCCUGUAGCUGCAGACUUCACCAGUGAAUUAGUGCCAGCAUAUGACAGUAGUAAAUUUGUAUUAACAGGAUUUGUAGGACUUCAACAUAAAGCAGAUCCAGUGUACAGUGCAGCAUUGAAUGUGUGUGGCUUAAGUUGGAGACUUAAAGUUUACCCAGAUGGUAAUGGUGUGGUGAGGGGCAAUUAUUUAUCAGUAUUUCUAGAACUGUCAGCUGGUCUACCAGAAACUUCCAAAUAUGAGUACCGUGUGGAGAUGAUACACCAGGCUUCUCAUGAUGAUAGCAAGAACAUUGUGCGCGAGUUUGCCUCUGACUUUGAGGUUGGCGAAUGUUGGGGAUACAACCGCUUCUUCCGACUGGACUUACUAGCCAACGAAGGCUACCUUAAGGAUGACACUCUGAUUCUUCAGUUCCAGGUACGAGCUCCAACAUUUUAUCAGAAAUGUCGAGAUCAACAGUGGUAUAUUGGGCAAUUGAAAUCCAUGCAACAACAAUAUGUGGAACAAAUUAAUGAUCUGAAAGAGAGAUUAGCUAUUGAGUUAUCCAGGUCAUCCGCAGGUCAUGGUCAGUGUUCAGCAUCAGCAACUUCGGACAAAACAGAGGAGAAUUCAAAUCAGACAUUGAGACGAUCGUUGAGUUCAGUUCACGCUCAGAUGGCAACGAUCACAUCGGAUUGCAACCAUCACGCUCAAAUUGCAACCAUCACUACAGACUGUGAUAACUCCCAAGAUAAUGAUCAAAGACAAACUGCACAGGAUGUUUCUGGCAUAGAGACUGAAAGAAUUGAAGAUGAGGGUGAUACCUCCGGGUCAUCAUCAUCAUCUUGCUCAUCGGAUGAAGAUACGGGACAAGAGGAACCCAUGGAAAGCACCAUGGAGGAAAAUGAUAUUGAUGUGGAGACAAUGUCUGGGGAUAAUGAUGUUGAAAACUCAUCUAACUGGGAACUGGAGGAGGGGGAGCUGUCUCCGAGAGGUGCUGUUGGGGGUCAAUCAGUACUUCGUCAGGUGCUUAACGAUCAAUCAUUUGCAGGUCAAGAUGAUAACAGUAUUUUGAUGCAGCUUCUGGACUUGCCAGAAAGGGGCCAAGAUGACAGGUGCUCAAAUAUAGUGCCACACCCUCCUCAUAAAUUGAAAUCAGUGUUGAAGGAGAAGUGUAAAGAUCGAAAGAAGAAUGCAUCAGCAGACGCCAUGCUGGAGCGUUUAUGGACACAGUUUACAGGGUUGAACUCAUUAGGAGCAGUGGCAACAUCUUCUUGCAAUUUAACAUCUAACCUACCAACAUCAAGUGUUGUCUUCAAUACAUCCACUGAUGCUGCUGAGGGUAGUCCAUGCCGAUCUGAGACUGAUCUAGGUAUACUGAAGUCUCUCACAGAGGAGUUUGCAAGUUUAGCUGGACUAAACAUGGCAGGAGAACCUACAACAGGCAAGAAAAAGAGCCACACCGACCGAAAGAGUCCCCGGGAAAAGAAAUCAAAACAUUCAACUGAAAAUAAAGUUGAUGUAAAAGAUCAUAAGGAUGAAAUUGGAGAUCUUGAUACUUCCAUGGCAAACACCUCACUUGAAGAAUUUCCACUAUCGGAUCUUGAAACCCUAGACUCUAUUAGCAACACUAGGAGACUGCUGGAAAGAAGCAGAGAGAAUUCUGCUAUAAGUCCAUCCAGCUCAGGCCGCUCAUCAAAACCAGUGGGUUUCUCGAAAUCAAAUUAUAGCAACUUUUUAGCAACAUUACUGAAGACAUCCUCCGUAGAUAGCUGUACCACUGCCAGUCCUGUCGUUCCAGUUUGUAAAGCGCCCUCAUCAUCUAGAAACAACACCACAGAAGGUGCUCACACCGAUGGUGCUUCUGGUGUAUUAUCAAAAACCAAGAAAUUCAACUCAGACAGGACAUCAAAUGAAAAGCCACAAUCGCCUACUAAAAAAGAUAGCAAAAGUGAUACGAGUGUACAAAGCUCUUUAGGUUCUAAUCGCAAUGAAAAGGAUGAUGACAAUGACAGUCAGCUGAUCUGAAGUUCAAAGGUCAAGAUGGUACACAUAAUUAAAAUAUGAAGAAAUUUACGUUAAAAAUGUUUAUACAGUAUUAAUAUUUCCAGAAAAUCUAUAAACAAAUGUAUUCACACUUGAUUAUAACAAAUUAAAGAAAUCUUUUUUUAUAUAUUGUUCUUUUAUUGCUGGUUAGUAGUUGAAUGUAAACAUUUUGUGAUCAAAUACUAUUUUGUUUCUGCAACUCUAUUGUAAUUUUUGUCAAUUUGUGUGGAAAUAAAGUAAUUAUUAUAAUUGAUCAAAUAACUUCAUUUAACUUCAAGUGUAGUAUUAUUAGCUUAACAUAAAUGAAAUUUGAAAUAAUAUUAUUUAAUUGUUUGGUCACUGAUUGUUCAACGUUUUGGUGCUACAAAUAUAUAUGUUUAUAUCUGAUUUAUUUUUCAAUCUCAGAAUUAAGAAUAAAUUAAUUAGUUAUACGACCCAAGCUCUCAUGAGAGCUUUUAUCAUAACAACAAAUUGAUAGGAAUAUCACUUGAAACUUCAUUUUCACGGUCACUUACCAUGAGGACUUUUUUUAGUUUACCAUAGUUACUAUAGGAAGAGUCAAUGCUAUAGCCAUGUGUAUAAUCAGUAUGUCUAAUGGCCUGUCCAGACUAUCAAAUUUGAUUUGACACAAAUAUGUGAUAUGCCUAAAUAUGGUCAUGAUGACAUCACAUCAUGACCAUAUAUAGGCAAAUCAUGACUAUAUAUGGGCAUACAACAGUUUUUGGUCAAAGAAAAUUUGAUAAUCAGGACCGGGCUUAAACAUGUACCAGAACAGUCUCUGCCACCUUGCCACCAGUGGGCUUCGGAUGGUUACAUUUAUAAUAUGAUUGACAUAAUAUUUCAUAGCUCACAAUUAAUAUCAAAGCAGUGUGGCGAGAUCCACAACUGGAACAGAAACCUUUUGAUGUUUAUAUACAGGUUUUCUGCAUUAUUGCAAGCAGACCCUGGUACUGCAAGUUUUCUAUGUAAUCUUUGCUGCAAUUUCUAAAUUAAUAUUUGAUAUUCCAUCAUCAACACAUGUUUGUGCCACUUCACCACGUUUAGGCCAGCAUAAAAUGUAAGCCUGUCCUUCAGUAGGCCAGCUGUAAGGCCUAUUAAAGCCCACACAGGUUCAGGUCUCCUCGGUAAGCUAACCCUACAAUGUUCAUUCAUGUUUAUCCACUUAUUACAUUCAUGUGACUAAGUUGAAUUGUAAUUUCCUUAAGAAACUAGCCAUUUAUUGUUAUUUUUCUUUAUUUAAUCUUUUAUAUUCAAAAUGCAUAGAAAAGAAAUUAUGUUAAUGUUUACUUAAAAUUGUCCAAACCACACUAAAUUAAUUGUUCUUGUGUGGUCAUAUUCUAUGUUGAAGUGUCUCUGUUGUUUUGUCAAACCAAUUGACUCCAUUAUGAUAUGCCAAAAAAUAUCUUUAAUUUUAUGUGAUAUUUUAUUUUGUUAAAAAUUGAAAGCUGUGAAAAUGCACCACCUUGAAUAUGAUGUAGCAGAUUUGUUAUGCAAAUAAAAAGUAAAAAGAAAACAAAA